AGGGAUUAUAGGUAAUGUAGUACUUCAGACAGACACAUGUCUUCUUGCGUUACCUGAAUCAGUACAAACAUGGCGGGUUUGGAGUUGCUGUCUGACCAAGGCUAUCGUCUGGAUGGAAGAAAGGCCACCGAACUCCGGAAGGUUCAGGCCCGCAUGGGUGUGUUCGCCCAGGCCGACGGCUCCGCGUAUUUAGAGCAAGGGAACACCAAAGCUCUGGCUGUUGUGUACGGUCCACAUGAGAUGCGAGGCUCCCGCAGUCGGACCCUUCACGACCGGGCCGUCAUCAACUGCCAGUACAGCAUGGCCACCUUCAGCACGUCUGAAAGGAAGAGGAGGCCACACGGUGAUCGCAAGUCUACCGAGAUGAGCCUCCACCUCAAGCAGACGUUUGAAGCCGCUGUGAUGACUCAGCUGUACCCGCGCUCUCAAAUAGACAUUUAUGUCAAGAUCCUACAGUCAGACGGAGGAAACUACAGCGUGUGCGUCAAUGCCGCCACCCUCGCCAUCAUCGAUGCAGGCAUUCCCAUGCUGGACUAUGUAUGUGCCUGCACUGUGGGUUUUGUGGAUGAGACGCCGCUCGCAGAUCUUUGCUACGCCGAGGAAAGCGGUGGCGUGAGCUCUCUGGCUUUGGCGCUGCUACCCCGAGCUGGGCAGAUUGCUCUGCUGCAAAUGGACGCCCGACUGCAUCAGGACCACCUGGAUAACAUGAUAGACGCAGCCAUGACCGCCUGCAAAGGCAUGAGCAAGGUGCUUGACCAGGUGGUGCGUCAACACCUCCAAGAAGUCUCACUGUCGACUGGAGAAUGAUAGAUAAAAGAACAUAAGGACUAGAACAAAUAAAACUUUUUUUUAUCCAUUUAUGACAAAUUACCUUUGUACAUUAUUGUGUAUAUGUGAGUGACAAUAAUUAUACAUACUUUGCAUAAUGUAUUGUUCAAGUUUUUUAAAAAUACAUAAUUAAUGGCUUAAUAUUCCUUGACACUGUUUUUUUUG